CCUGCCUCCGUGGCGAAUCUGCCUAGCGCUGGGUGCCGCGCUUUCCCGCCUCCGUGGCGAAUCUGCCGAGCGCGGGGCGGCGCGGGGAGCGCGGCGCCGGCCUCGGGGCGAUGGCGCGGCCGGUGCGGAGGAACAAGAAAAUUGUUGAUUAUUCUCAGUUUGGGGAUUUGGAAGAUGAUGAUGAAGACUUCGCAUGUAUAGCUGCACCUUCAAGCAAAAAAUCCAGAACACAGCUCAAGGAACCAAAGAAGGAGAAAAAAGAGAAGCAAAAAAAGCCACAGAAAGAGGUGACUCUGUCACAAAAACAGACAGCUAGUAAAAGGAUAUCCUUGGAUGACAAACUUUAUCAAAGAAGUUUGGAAGUUGCCUUAGCCUUAUCUGUCAAAGAAAAUGCUGCAAAUAUCCUUGAGGUGCAAAAUUCAGAACAACAAGAUAAAAAUAUUGAAUCAGAAGAUGUACCUAGGAGACCCCUAUUUUCCAACUGCAGUGUAGACAGUGAACUUUUAGGUCUCAAUCAGGUUAUGGAUGAUGAGGUACCUAAGGAUGACUGUGGGCAAAAGACAGCAUCAUCCAAAGUUCCAGCACAUCAGAAGAAGCUACUUAGCGUUGACAGUGAUGAUGGAGAGCAUGCUUCUGAUUUUGAGCCAGAGUCUGUACCCAGUGAAGAGUCAGAAGAAGAUUCAGAUUAUAGUGAAGGUGAUAAUGAAGACUUUGCUAUGGAAAAGAAGAAAGCCAAAAGAAUUAAAAAGAAAACCAAAGCAAAGAUGCCAACCGAAAGAGAGAAGAAAACUCCCAAAUCAAAGAUUAAUACCACAGUAUCACCUGUAGUUUCUCCUUCACCUAUGACAGAACAGAAAUCUGAGCCAACACAAAAGACGAUCUCCAGUUCUUCAGGACCAGUUGGGAGGUCUUUACAUACAUCAAGUCCUGUAAUAGACAAGAAGCCUAAAUGGAUUCCACCAGCUGCAUCAGGAAGCAGUAAUAACUCUAUGAAAUACGUUUCCGUUAAAUCACCUACUCAGUGUCUUCGACUUGGCCUCUCCAGACUAGCAAGAGUCAAACCACUGCAUCCCAGUGCUGCUAGCAGUUAAGUGGUUGGUGACAAGAGGCCACGUGAAGGAAAAGACUUUGGAAGGUGUUCUUAUAAGUAGACUGUGGGCAGGAAAAGCUUCAUGACAUCAUACAUUUUAGAGGGCUCUUGUUUAUGUACGUGUCUAAUACAGUAAGCUUUUAUUCUGCAAAAUGCUAGGCAUCCUUGAGUGCUAUGGGAUAAUAAUAUUAUUUAAUCAAGGUGGCACCUCAGUCAGCAGUUCUUUAAGGUAUUCUACUCAGAGAUGUAUAUUUUGUGAUAAUUUUAAUUAUCUGCUAUCUCAACUUCUGGCAUUAAAAUAGUCUAGAAAGCACUAUGUCAGUUAUAGAAUUUGGUAUCUCAAAUAGAUUUUUAGCACAAGUGAAAGUCACAGUUUAAAAAAAUAUUUCUUGGAAGAGUUAUCACUUUCCACCCCCUUCUUGGAAAGUUUGUCAUUGCACUCAAAAUCUGUUAAUGUUUGCAUUUUAAUAUAUUUUUAUGUAUUAUUAGAUUUAAAUGCUUUUUGAAAUGUAUUUUUUAAAAAAACUAAAAUAAAAUACUUUAUAUAGUCCAAUCAGUCAUGUUAAUUGGUUUUAUUAAUUUUGAAAAUCACUUCUAAAUUUUGGCUACAGUCCUGCAAAUAUUUUUGCAUGUGCAUAUUUACUGGAAGUCAGCAGUAUUAGCCAGGUUCAGGUGGAGAGCAUUUUGCUUUGAGCUCCAUGAUACCAUGCAUAGUUAGUGGAUUUUGUAAUGCAUUCACAUGAUAGUUACUGAGUAGCAAGACUGAACUUUGAAACUUAUUAGUCUGCAAGGUAAAUAAUUUCCUAUCUAGGCAUGGUGACUGUGUCAAAUGGCACAGCAGAUGCAUUUCUCCCUGUGUUACUUAAGGAAUGUGGUCAUGACUGAGUGAAUUGCAUUAACAAAGGAAUACAUAGCCCUGUUCAAAGUAAUUAUGCAGAAAAAAGCAUGGUGUUGCCUACAGUAAAACCGUGGUAUGGCAAAUUAUUAAUAAUGGAAGUUAUUACAGUUAAAGAAACUAAAAAAUGCUUAUUUAUUAAAAAUGAUAUGCGUAUUGCCUUACAUAAGGAAUGAGAAGAAAUCUGUGGAUGAAAAUCUGUUUCCCCGAAGCGAAGAAAUGUGAGCAUUGGGACACAGAACUUUGCAUCAGCCACAUUUUGGAUGCCUGACUUCUGGCAUGGGAUCAUAUAGCCCCGAGUGAAUUGUGGUCCAGUGAGCUGGGCUAAGUGAGUUUAGGAGGGAAGGCACCUGCUGGUAUCGAGUGCUUGUCUGACUCGUUCAUGAGUUUCUUACCUUGCUAAAAUGGCACAUCAAAAACCCAAAAAUUUGCAGCGGUUUGCCACUGAUGAGGUUGAAACUGUUUCCAAACAAGAGUGAAGCAGUAGUACCCACAGGGGGAAAGGUAAGUAUCCAGGAAUAAUGCUUGUGACAACUCUUACAUCAUAUAUAUAUUAUGUUAUUCCUCCCCUCAAUUCCCUUUCUUUGUGCUUACUUAGCCCCAUCCUGAGGUGUACAGUGGACAAGCAGCUGCAGCAGAGUGGGAGGCGCAGAGACCUUUAGGCCCGGGGUGGUUUGUUGCAGCAUCCCAAUCCAUUGCCCCCAUUCAUGCUUCAGUGCUUUUCUUUCCACUGGCAGUUGCCAUGCAAAGGAACAGCUAUGUGGUCCCUUGCUGCAUCACAGUUGCUAUGUCUCUUCCUAUUGAAAUGGAACUGUCACCAGUUGUUUUGCUUUCAUGUUUUUUUUUUAUUUCAGGGAUAAACAUGAAUUUCAUGUAUUUGCAUGAUUUCUUGCUACAGGUGAUUUUAUGUAACAUUCCUAAGUAUUUUCUUAACAUGGUGCUUCAGGAAAACCUACAGCUUUUAGUUGUAGUAACCCACUUUCUCCCUCACUCUCCUUUCAUCCGAUUUUUUUUCUCCACUAAACAUACAUUUGAGAUUUGUGUUCCUUUGACGUCAAACUGGGCAUCUUGCAAAAAUUACAUAAUUUGCAGUCUUGUCACCUGUCCUCAAGCCCCUGAAGUUUGUAUGGGUUUCCAGGUCAUGAGGAUUUUCUGGUAUUUCUCUACAUUUUCUUUCUUUUGCUGAGUGAAAAUUCCACAUAGUUAAAAAAAAAUCCCUGAAAUGGAAAUAGUAAAUAUUCUUAACUGUGUAUUUCAAAGCAACUCUGUACGUGAUCUGAAGAAAACUGGCCUUGCCGGUAGUUGGUGAUAAUUUUCAUAAAAGGUGAUUUAUUUUGUGUCCUAGGUUAUUAAAGGACAUGGUUAAAAGCAGCCAAAUUUAUUUAAGGGCUGUAAUUGUUGUGGUAGUUUUUCCAUUGGUAGCAGAGAGACUGUGUUAUUCCAGCUGCUUUCAGCCGUGGAAAAUUAGGGGUUUUGAUGAAAAUAACAUUUACAGUUCCUUCAUUGCUCUAAAUUUUAAACACUACAUAGAAUUGUCUGUGCAUCAUUUCUUCAAUGGUUGCUAUGACUUCAGUUUUCAAUUUAUAAAGCAUUUAGUGUGUUGGUUUGCAUGUCAAGAGUUUACAGUUUUCACCUGCUUGCUGUUUUCAAACUGCAUCUGUAUUAGUAAAAAAGUAAGAACAAGAUUGCUAAGAAAGAGAUCAGUAUUUGUAGAUGUAAACUUUGCUGCUGAUGCCCUCAAAGUCCCAGCUGGGAGUAGAUGCCCUGUCUGACCUCGAGAUCACCUCUUGCUUUGGAACAGUGAUUUUUGCUGCAUUAGUCAAGUCCUGAUUAUUUUUUCCAAUUCUGAUGAUGCU